AUGCAUCCUGAGGUGUGUCAAAAAGGCCUGGCAGGAUUUCUGGAGCGUUUUAAGAGACAGGUGUUGUACGGCUCCAACAGAGAUAUAUCUGUGAUCGGGGACUCUGGGGUCUGCUGGAGCAUUGACGGAGACAGCUCCUCAAGUAAGCCGGUCCAGCCCGCCGUCUCCAGUGUGGCUGCGGUGGUGCUGAAGCCUGGCUGGGACCUAGAGGAUGAUAAGGAGGAUGGCCUGACGAGUGACCCAGGCAGCCAGCCAGCCAGCAGGGAGCCAGCAGGGAGCCAGCAGGGAGCGGCGCAUACUAUUGUGUGUACUGUGUUGGGGGCUCCCCAUCUGCGCUCUGCGCUGGGGUGGACCCGAUCAGUGGACCCGAUCAGUGGACCCAAUCAGUGGACCCGAGCAGCCAUGACCGUGCGUUUCACCGCAGCGCAGGUCCUAGAACAGAUCUUUUUCAGCUUCGACCAAGAAGACUACUCCGAUUCCGAGGAGGAGAAAGAGGUUUCGGAAAACGAAGACGGGGAGGAAUACGACCCCGAGCGUGAGGCCGACCAGGCGUCUUCGCGCUCUUCGGAGGAAGACCCCGAGGAAGCCCCCGAGGACGAAGGCGAGGCCGAACGCGAGGCCGAACGCGAGGACGAAGGCGAGAACGAACGCGAGGCCGAACGCGAGGACGAAGGCGAGAACGAGCGCGAGGCCGAAGGCGAAGAAGAGAUCGCCUCGGCCGUAGGCCAAAGGGAGACGCCAUUGCUGUCGAAAAACGGCAAAAUCAAACGGUCCCCCGUGGCCUAUGGCCGCCGCCGCAGGGCCCGCGCGAUCUGCCACGCCGGGCCGGACGAGACUCCAGGCCCCACGGCCUAUGCCGUGAGUCACGCCCGCGACUUCGUGUCCGUCUUCCGCCUGUUCGUCACACCGGCGAUAGAAAGGAUAAUUCUGGACAUGACGAAUCUGCACGGGGUGAGAAAAUACGGCGACGGCUGGCGAGCCAUGGACGCCACCGACCUGCGCGCCUACGUAGGGCUGCUGAUCCUAGCGGGCGUCUACAGGUCCCGAGGCGAGGCCGCGGCCAGCCUGUGGGACGCCGAGAGCGGCAGGACCGUGUUCCGAGCCACCAUGCCGCUCAAGGUCUUUCACAGGUACUCGAGGCUGCUGCGAUUCGACGAUCGCCAGUCGAGACCCGCGAGGCUCGCCACGGACAAACUCGCAGCCAUAAGAGAGGUCUGGGACCUGUGGGAGGCGCGCCUGCCUGCCCUCUACAACCCGGGGCCUGACGUGACGGUGGACGAGCAACUGGUCCCGUUCAGAGGCCGCUGUCCUUUCUGUCAGUACAUUCCCAGAAAGCCGGCGAAAUACGGCAUCAAGUCGUGGGUGGCCUGCGACGCCAAGUCCAGCUACACUUGGAAGAUGCAAGUGUACACCGGUAAGGCGGCCAGCGGAGGCCCCGAGAAGAACCAGGGGAUGCGCGUCGUUCUCGAUCUGACAAAGGGACUGAGCGGUCGCAACGUCACGUGUGACAAUUUCUUCACCUCCUACGAACUGGGACAGCGGCUCCUCGAGAGGAACCUCACCAUGGUGGGCACGGUGAGAAAGAACAAGGCCGAGCUCCCGCCCGCGCUGCUCGAGUCCAAGGGCAGACAGGUUCUGUCCUCCAGGUUUGCUUUCACGCCCACCGCCACUCUAGUGUCCUACCUAGCAAAGAAAAACAAGAACGUGCUACUUUUGAGCACGCUGCACACAGAGGCCGACAUUAGCGAUCGCCACGACAGGAAGCCGGCCGUCAUCCUAGACUACAACUGCAACAAGGGCGGCGUGGACAACCUAGACAAGGUGGUCGGCACCUACAGCUGCAGACGGAUGACUGCCCGCUGGCCCCUGGUCGUCUUCCACAACAUCCUCGACGUGUCCUGCUACAACGCCUUUGUCAUAUGGCGAGAGAUCAAGCCUGACUGGAUGCCUCGGAAGCGGAACAAGCGCAGGGUGUUCCUCGAGCAGCUGGGUAAGGCACUUGUGAAGCCGCUGAUCCAAAGAAGGCAGCAUCUCCCCCGCACCGAAGCGGCGUCAGCACUUGUCAAAGUCCUACAGAGGAGGACUCGGGGUCUAGACACAAUACGAGGACGACGGGAGGGUUAA